AUGGAGAGAACCGACGACACGGACUAUGGCGAGUGCUCAGCGGUCUACUGCGAGGGCUCAGCGGUCUACUGCGAGGGCUCAGCGGUCUACUGCGAGGGCUUAGCGGGCUACUGGUACUGUCCGGGCGCUCAUUCAGAAGGAUUCGAGCGCCAAAAGGAGCAAAGAGGCCCGACUGGUGAAAGGGUUCGGUCACACUACCAAGCCGCGCUGCAUUGUCUACAAAACUGCUUGGGGGACUCGAGAGGUUAG